UAUUAAUAAGCAAGUGCCGAGUAAAGUUCUAUACGGAUUAAUACGAAAAACAAAAAAAAAAAAAAAAUGAAUUCAAAGCAAUUAAUCUUUGGUGUAGCUUUGAUAGCUUUCUGCUGUGUUUCGCUAAGCUACUCGCUUCGAUGCUUCGUUUGUAAUAGCAAAGAGACUUGUAAAAAAGCAAAUUUAUAUGAUUGCAACUCCGAGUUGGCAAAUAAUACUCGUAUUUAUAUGAAUCAAUUUCACAGUGGGCCACAUCCAAACAAAACUUCACCCUUCUACGAAUGUUUCAGCGAAUACAUCCAAACUACUACUGGUGAUUAUUAUUACAAGAACUGCGUUUAUUCCAAUGUAAAUGUUUGCGGAACACCUUAUUCACCCUACAUUUCACCAAUCAUAAAGAAACCAUACUGUAAACAAUGUAACACUAACGGCUGUAAUCCUGCCGAUCGUGUUGGUAUAAAUGUAAUGACAGUUUUUGCUACAAUUAUCGUUGCGUUUAUUUUGCGUUAUGUUUGGCAUUAAAUUAUUGCUUUAACUAUAUUUGUGGUAUUAUUAAAGACUUAAAUUUAAAAUUAAACUAUUUAUUGAAUGCAAAGAAAAAUUAAUAAAUUGUUGUUCUAAAAUCGACGGAUCUCCAUAUUCUAUUUACACGAUUUUAAAGACAAUAUCUUUGGCUUCAAAUCCAAAUCAAAAA